AUGAAUGGAGUUAAAAAACUCAAGAGUGAGUCAACCGAGUUGCCUGAUUGUGUUAUAUCUCAUAUCUUUUCCAUGUUAACUUUGAAGAAUUUAGUGAAAACCAGUGCAUUGUCCAAACAAUGGUAUCACGAAUGGGGAUUAAGGAAGGAUCUCAAUUUUGAUCUCCAUAACAUGUUUGAUUAUAAUACAAUGCCGGAGUUACCAAAAACCCUUCCGCUCCUUCGAGAGGCUCAAUCUCAAUUUGCCACAAUAUUGGAUAAUUUCAUGCAGAAAUAUCCCGGUGACACCAUCAGUUCAGUCCGAGUAAAUUUUCCAUUAGGUGUCGAUCAUACUUAUGCCAUUGAUGGAUUGAUUCACAAUGGAGUUCUUAAGGGUGCCAAUCGUAUCGAGCUGCUCUUUGCAUAUAAAACUAAAAUUCAAAUAGAGCCAUACAAAUUUUUAUUUCCUUUGUUGUCUGGCCCUAAUUCUCUCACAUAUCUACACCUACAGAACUGCCACAUAGCAGCAACUAUGGAAUUUUCUGGAUUGAAGAAUUUGAGAACUCUUGUGUUGACUCUAGUACCUGUGGAGCAGAAUAUGCUUCAGGAUCUGUGUUUUAGCUGCAUCCAUCUUGAGAACUUCACUCUUAAUCAAUGUCUGUUCCUAUCUGAUUUAAAAAUAACUAGUCCAACAUUGCUUCAUUUGAACAUUCACUGCGGGGGUAUCAGGAGUAGGACAAUGGCGAGGAAAAUUGAUAUCAUUGCAUCAAAUCUCUUAUCCAUUGAAUAUUCUUCCAAGUGGAACUAUUCAUACAGAUUGCACAUACUAAACAUUGAGUCUCAUACCUUAUCCCAGUUUAACUACAGAUGCAAUAAAAUUUCUAAUCUUGUUAACUUAUCUGGACUGAAUAAUGUGACAUCAAUUGUGUUGGAUGAUGUGUCGGAUGGACUCUGUGAAGAUCUAAAAAGUAAUGUCAUAACAAAUUUGUUUUCUAAAUGUCUCCAACUUGAAGAUGUCACCUUUAAGAAUUGUUACUUCAAGUGUGAUAUGAAAAUUAUGAGUGCAAAGCUGCGUCAUUUGAGCAUAAUUGAUUGUUACUAUCCGAAUGAAGGUUCUUAUAAGAUAGAUAUUGAUGCUUUGAAUCUCUCAUCCUUUGAAUAUAGAAUUCGCACUUGCAUGAGGCCCAUAAUCUCUGUCGAGGCUCCAAAGUUAUUGAAGGUUUUUUGGGAUACAGGUUUUAGAGAGAUAAAUAACUUUGGUACAUUUGCAAGAUUAGAUCAUGUUGAGAAUUUAACUAUGAAUGUAGGCCGUUCACAGAUAUCCGCGUUAAAGAAAGGUUUGGUUCGACUUCAAAAUCUUAGGCAAUUGGAAUUAUUUAUUAUUGGAGCAUAUAAUCCUACGAUGGACUACUUUUGGAUUUUAGAUAUUGCAAUGGCUUCUCAGCAUCUCCAAAAACUUUCUCUAAGAAUUAGAAAUGGACAUAAGAAAAUAUCACAUAAUGUUGGAUCUCAAAGGCAAAGAAGAAGAAAGUAUGUCAGGUUUUUUCACAAUGGUUUAAAAUAUGUGGAGUUACAUGGCUGUGUUUGCUCCACAAAUGUAAUUGAGUUAGCAACUCAUCUAUUGAGGAGGGCAACUUUGCUUAAGCAAAUUACUUUCAGUUCUCGUCAAAAUUACUAUAUAGGUGCUGGAACAUGGACUAAGGCUUCCGACGACGGUUGUUGUUGGUUUGAUCGGAAUCUUAUUCAUGAGCGUCUGAAAGAUGAAGUAAAUGAACAAUGUCGGCUCGUAAUUUUGUAG